CACCCACCUCUGCAACGGAAACCCCAACGAGAAGGGAAGCCUCUUCGUUCCGCACCUCUCCCUGCGUCGCACGCACGUCGGUACUCGCCUCUGCCAUGGACGCCGGCGAGUGCUCCACCUCCAAGCCGCCCCAGCCCUCCUCCGCCCUCGCGUCCUCCCCAGCCGCCGUCUGGGCCAAGCUAGUGCCUGCCGAUCCCGCCUGUCCGGAGGUGGAGGUCGCCGAGGACGACUCCGUGGUCUGCUCCCUGGUCUCCCCCGCCGGCGGGGAGGAGCUCGCGUGGUGCGAGAUUAGGCGCGGCGGGGACGCGUCCUCCGCGACGAUUCGGAAUCUGAGCUCGGAUGCAAUUAUUGUUGAUGGAACAAUUGUCAAACAAGAAGUAGUUGACAUUAAACCAGGGAGUGAGAUUGUCUCUGGACCCCAGAAAGAAGGGCAUUUAGUGUAUACCUUUGAGAUAACAGCUGCAAAGGACCAUGACAAGAAUAAUAUCAAGAUUGUACUAGAUGUUGAGAAUGCAAAAUGCAGCAUAUGCCUGAAUUUGUGGCAUGAUGUUGUUACUGUUGCUCCAUGCCUCCACAACUUCUGCAAUGGCUGCUUCUCAGAAUGGUUAAGAAGGUCCUCAAGUAAUUCCCAUGAUAAAAAUCAGAGUGCUGCAUGUCCACAAUGUAGGACGGCAGUUCAAUCGGUUGGAAGGAAUCACUUCCUACAUAAUAUUGAAGAGGCUAUAUUGCAAGCUUUUUCGUCGCUACAGAGGUCAGAUGAGGAGAUUGCAUUGUUAGAGUCAUAUGCCUUGGUUAAAUCUAAUAUUAUUUUGGGGAAACAUAAAAAUCAAUCAAGGAAACGCCCUUUGCCUCGUUCGAGUGAUGAAAUCAAUAAUCCUGAUCUGUCAUGUCCUCAAUGUCGCAGUGAAUUUGGUGGAUUUAGAUGUAGUCCAGGAGCUGCGCACUUGCAAUGCAAUGGAUGUGGAGGGAUGAUGCCAGCCAGAUCUAACAUCAGUAUACCACAAAAAUGUCUGGGGUGUGAUAGAGCAUUUUGCGGGGCUUAUUGGUGUUCGCAAGGAGUGAAUUCAAGUCAUUGUAAUCUAAUCUGUAACCAGGAAACUUUCAGGAUGAUUUCUCAACACCAUAUCUCCAGACUUCCUGACACAGUUCAUGGGGGCAAUCCAUAUGAAAAAGAUAUUACAGAAAGAUGCAUACAACAUUCAGGCAAAACAUUGCAAGCUGUAAUCUCAGAGUGGAUAUCAAAGUUUGACAACAGGGAACUUGAUCGCUCAAGGUUGCAAUUGAAUAAUGUGGAUUCAAUUACUUCCAGGACAUAUAUGUGCAACCAUUGCUACAACGAGUUCAUUGAUUUCCUGGUGUACUGGUUCCGCGUAUCAAUGCCCAGAAAUCUUCUUCCACCUGAUGCUGCUAACAGGGAGAGCUGCUGGUAUGGUUCCAUGUGCCGCACCCAGCAUCAUCGGCCCGACCAUGCGAAGAAGCUGAACCACGUCUGUCGCCCAACAAGAGGCAACCCCUAGCCCGCGGCCUCUUUUUUCAAGACCAACUCCCAAUGAUGAACAAUUUGUACAGCAAAGAGCAAGGCUCCUGGGAUCUUUGUUUCACCUUUCUGUAGGAUUUGUGAUGGUACGCACUUGUAAACAUCUGAUAAAUCAUGUGAAACUAUCUCUCCUCAUCAUCCAUUUUGUGUUGAUCCGCA